AUGGCGAGUCCAGAACUUCACACCUUUUCCGCGCACGCAGAGACAGCCGUUGGGGCGGCGGCAUCUGUUUACGCCGCGCAUGAACUAGGUAAGGCUUUUCACGACGAAGACAAGCACGAUGUGUCGGAUCACUAUCUCAAGGCAGCAAUCGGCGCUGCUGUGGCGGUUGGUGCCUUCUACCACCUCUCCAAAAAGGUAGAGGAAUACAAUGACAAGGGGCAUCCUAUUCAUUCGGUAAUACACCACCAUGAACCCCCUCGUCAUCGUCGCCACGGUGGACCACAUCACCACCACCACCACCAUAGUGAUGACAACGACUUCGUUGGAUAUGAACGCUGGUCCUACGAAGAGCCUCCUCAUGAUCGAAAUCGCCUGCUUGAGCAGGCCAAUGAAGCAUACCACGUAGGGAAAGAGCUACUGGGAGAGGAACGCGAUCAUGUUACCCAACUGUUUGCAGAGGCCAUUGGUGCAGCUUCGGCUCUGAAGGAUAAGUGGUUAGAGGAACUGAAGGAGCACAGAGAGCAUCCCUGA